AUGGGCGCGAUCCAUCUAAAGUGCUUGGAACGAUGGCUAGAAGAGAGCAACAGAACCAGUUGCGAAUUGUGCGGCCACGAAUUCCGGGUGGAACGGACACCUCGUUACAAAGUCCUUCGGUCCAUUAUAAUCUGGCUGUGUCUAAAUCAAGAUCAGUAUGAUACGUAUGCCCGCGGUGUAAAAGCAGACUUGCUGAGGUGCCUCAUAAUCACCCCCGUGACUAUUGCAUGCACUUACAUGUGCGUGGUGGCGGCGGACUUUUACGCUAUGAAUAAUUACGACAAUUUUCCACCCGCACGUUGGACCACUUAUUCCCUGCUUUCCAUGAUGGCGUUUCUGAUUCUCUCGUACUUCAUCUGGAUUUACAUAUCGAUACAGUACCACCAGAAAGCAUGGUUCUACUGGUGGCAGAAGAGCAGCAGCGUGAAAAUCAUCGACUGGAUACCAGACGAUACCGCUUCAGUCAGUAACAAACGCUCUUUGUCAGAAGUUUAA